UAUCGAUAGGGGCUCCAAUGUUUUUAUAGAACGCGCAAAUCAGCAUAAAAAAAGCUGCGGAAAAUGUUUGCCGCCCGAUAAUCUCCCCCGCGUCAUCUACGCAACGUUAUCACAGUCCCAGCGCUACCGCCAGCACCCCGCAAGUGGGCGAAAAGUGUUUGUUUUUGCGUUUGCAUUCGCGUUUUGGCAACUGGCAUAUGUAUAUCGGUGUGUGCGUGUGCGUCAGUUUCGCCGUCAGAAGAGCAGCACGUCACGUAGCAUAAAACGCGAGAGUUUUACAAGAAAGUGUCGCAGCAGCUAGAGUGGGAGGGGGCGAACGGAAACGAGAACGAACGGGAGAUGUAAAGAGUGCCUCAAAGAGGAGAAACUACAGCAGGAGGAGCUCCAACAACAACCAGAACAGAUGAAUGGGCCACACUUUUGCCAAAUUCUAACAUACAUACAUAUGCACACCCUACGAAUGCAGCGGAUGGACACGGCACACACACACGCUACACUCUCACACACACCCACAUCAUUUGUUUGAAGUAGCGGCAGAGGCAGCGGCUACAAAAAGAAUUAGAAGACGCAGCGCAGCAUUUUAUUAAGCGCAGGCAGUCGUUGAAAUCAGGAGCAAGAGAAGUGCCGCAUAUAUAAUUCCAUUUUGGCUUAUUGGAGAGCAAACUUAAGUGUAAUACCUAAAUACGUUUUAAGCCUAGAUAGUACAUAAUUUUAAGCUCAACAGACAACAGACAGAAUGUGGAAUUCCGAACCAACACACCGCCAGCAGCAGCAGCAGAAUCAUCAUCAGCACAAUGGCAACACUACCUCGGGCGGACCGCCCGCCAAGCAGCUGGGCAUGACCUCAGCCAUCAGUUUGGCCGAGCCCAGGCCGGAGGAUCUGCAGAGGACCGAAGAUUUGCGUGGCUCCUUGGAGCCAUACAAUGUCUUCGAGAGCCAGGACGAGCUAAACCACCGCAUGGAGAUCCUGGCCAAGCUCAACACCCUGGUGAAACAGUGGGUCAAGGAGAUCUCCGUUAGCAAGAAUAUGCCAGAGUCUGCUGCGGAGAAGCUUGGUGGAAAGAUCUACACAUUCGGCUCGUACCGUUUGGGUGUCCAUCACAAGGGUGCUGAUAUCGACGCCUUGUGUGUGGCUCCGCGCAACAUCGAGCGCACCGACUACUUUCAGAGCUUCUUCGAGGUGCUGAAGAAGCAGCCGGAGGUCACCGAGUGCCGCUCCGUGGAGGAGGCCUUCGUGCCGGUCAUCAAGAUGAACUUUGAUGGCAUCGAGAUCGAUUUGCUGUUCGCUCGACUCUCGCUCAAGGAGAUACCGGAUGACUUUGACCUGCGCGACGAUAAUUUGCUGCGGAAUCUGGACCAUCGCUCGGUGCGUAGUCUGAACGGUUGCCGCGUGACGGACGAGAUCCUGGCCCUAGUGCCCAACAUUGAGAAUUUCCGCUUGGCCCUGCGCACCAUUAAAUUGUGGGCAAAGAAGCACGGCAUAUAUUCAAAUUCGUUGGGUUACUUCGGCGGUGUGACCUGGGCCAUGUUAGUGGCCAGAACCUGCCAGCUGUAUCCGAAUGCUGCAGCUGCCACGCUGGUGCACAAGUUCUUUUUGGUUUUCUCGCGCUGGAAGUGGCCAAAUCCAGUGCUACUCAAGCAUCCCGACAAUGUUAAUCUAAGAUUUCAGGUCUGGGAUCCUCGUGUCAAUGCCUCGGAUCGGUAUCAUUUGAUGCCUAUUAUUACGCCCGCGUAUCCACAGCAGAAUUCCACAUUCAACGUUUCCGAAUCCACCAAGAAGGUCAUAUUGAAUGAAUUCAAUCGCGGCAUGAAUAUCACGGACGAGAUCAUGCUCGGCCGGAUUCCGUGGGAGCGCCUGUUCGAGGCUCCCAGCUUUUUCUACAGAUACCGCCACUUUAUUGUGCUAUUGGUAAACUCACAAACGGCCGACGAUCACUUGGAGUGGUGCGGCCUGGUGGAGUCCAAGGUGCGCCUGCUGAUUGGAAACCUGGAGCGGAAUCCGCAUAUUGCCUUGGCACACGUCAAUCCCAAGUGUUUUGAGUUUAAGAAGGGCCAAAGUGCCAACAAUUCGCAGAACAACAGCGGGAAUGAGGACGAAUUGAAGCAGUCGCAGGGCAGCCAGUCCUCGGUGACUUCGUCGCCCUUUUGCUCGAUGUGGUUCAUCGGUUUGGAGUUUGAGCGUUCCGAGAACCUCAAUGUGGACCUAACCGAGAGCAUAAAGAAUUUCACGGAUCAUGUGAUGAUGCAUGGCGUAAACAUUAAAAUGCUCAAGGAAGGCAUGGCCAUCGAUGCCCGUCAUGUGAAACGCAAGCAGCUGUCGCUCUACCUGGACGCCGACUUCCUUAAGCGCGAACGAAAGUCCAUGGAGAGUCACAAUAAUUUUAACAACACGCUGCUGGCCAACCGCAAGCGGCUCUCCACGGAGCUGGCCCAAUCUCAGGAUGCCCUGCCGACAGGCCAGCAGCAGCAGUCGGCGAGCGGUAACCGCGGGCGAGACAGUGGAGCCAAGAUUCAGAGGCUAAGCGAAUCGCUAACGGAGGAGAAUUCGAAUGCCUCGUCAGAUUUGGGGACAACUACGCCCACUACCCCCACAGCGGCGCAAAUGAAUGCACCCAGCUUCAAGAGUUCGGGUAAAAAUGGCUCUGAGAUGGACAUAUCGGAGCCGGAGCCUCAGCAGCCGCACAACAACGGUAGCAACAAUGGCACAGCCACAACGGAGGUGACCUGCUCGUGACAACCGCCAACGCUACAUCCGCAUCCGCCGCAGCAGCAGCCACCGCCCCCGCCGCCGCCGCUGCCGCAACCCCCAGCUCAUCAUCAUCAUCAUCAGAAGUUCCGGAAGAACAACAAUGCGGCAGCGGCGGCCGCCUCCAAUAGCAUUUUUAACCAGCGCUCGAUCCUGCAUGCUGCUUCCAGUCUAUCGGCGGCUCUAAGCAUAACCGGACACAAGCGCAAGCAGCAGCAGCAGCAUCAGGCAGCGACAACAACAACCGCGAUCGGCAGUAGCAACUUUGCUCACAGCAACUAUCACCAUAGCAACAGCAACAUCAGCAGUAACAAUAACAAUGGCAGCGGCGGCGGCGGCGGGGGCAACUACCACAAAACUUACUACAUUGAUGAUGAUGACGGGGACAACAACCAACAACCACAUUUGACACCUAACCAACAGCAACCAGCGGCGGUCAGAGCAGCAGCCACAUCGACCACCCCAGCUGCACCAGCCGGGCCAUCGGCACCGACAAUUUCUUUGUAAAAAGCUAUAACACAUACCAUUUAAGGAUUAGUUAUCAUAGUUAUCUCUCCCCAUUGAUUUAUUCGGCUUUGAUGGCCAACAAACUGGAAACCCACAAUAUUUUAUAAAAAGCGGUUUCUAUCAUUCACCACCCUCUAAAAAGUUAUGUUACACCAAACUAACAUUUGCCCAAUCGUCAAAUUAAAUUUUGCAUAAGGACAUCAAGAAUCGCCACUAAGACAACAACAUCAUGACCUUUCAGCCCCAGAGACGACAACCACUUCUCUAAAAUAUGUCUUAAUAAUCUUGUUGUACAUCUUUUUUUACCUUCCCACAGCUGGUUUGAGGAGUGCGUAGAAGAAGAGAGAUGAUGUGUGGAAUGUGGAGGAAGUAUGAAGCAUGUGGAGGAAGUUAGAGAUGGAGAGAUGGAUGGGUCAGGAGCGGCGGAUAUCUGGAAACAUCCUGCUGGAGUACAGCUGCUGCUGCAGAAACUACUUACUUAGAAGAUUUUAUUAUCAUUUUACCAACAUCUUCUUGUUUUCAAUAUUUGUUUUCUUCUCCUUCUAGUUGUACAACGCUGAAAAUUUGAAACAAUUAUGUUCGUUUUUCUAAGAAAUGAUAUCUGAAAAAAGGUAAUAACAAAAAACA